AUGGGCGUAUUCUCAACCUUGAAGCCAGCCAUAGUAGGUCACCCAGUGGGAAUAUAUGAUCUCAGAGGAGGUUCCUCAGUAACAGCAUUAGAAGUGUUUUCGGAAGGUCUUGAAGAAGAAGGUGUUUCUUUUUGGGGAACAGACUUUGAAGUUUUUGCCAUUUCUAUGAAGGAAAGAGAUUGCCUUAGCAAAGAUGCGGUCAUGAGGCCCCCGUCUGGCGAGGAAGAGACCUCGGCCCCGGUUCUGAAACCGGCAAAAGACAAUAAUAGAAAAAGGGCCUCGGCUUCCGAGGAUCAAGAACUUACGACAAAGACGACUCGUAAGCCAAGGAAGAACACCAUCCCUCUGAUUGAAGAAUAUGUUCGACGUCUGAGGGAUGAAGACGACGAAGAAGAAAAUGACGACGGCUCUAUACUGGUAGCCCGAGUAAAGAAAACCAUCGAUGCACCAAAGACAACUAGAUCGAUGGUAGUUGAUGAGGCUCCGCCUCGAACUGAGGGGAUAUCGGAGAAGGACUCGGGCAAAGUCCCCGAGUCAUUGGAGAUCGAGGAUGUCUCCCACCGAAAUGAACAAACGGUGAGUAUAUCUGAAGGGACCGGCCCUGAAGCUCUUCGAACUGAGGAGAACGCCCCAAGGGCGAUUCGGGAAGCCCGAGCUUUGGGGACCCUCGAGGUAGACGGAGCUCAUGAGGGAGAGGACUCCUUCCAUGAUUUGUUUACAAGUAUCGAGGAUGCUGCCGGCCUGAGUGAUGCAUCGGGCUUUAUCUCUACAUCAGGAGUCGUUUUCCAAGUCUUGGGCGGAGCUAAGCCGAUGUGA